CCUCGUCCCCCACUCGGCCACAUCCCCCAAAACUCCACAAAAAUCUCCGCUCCCAGUCCCCAAACCCGCUCGCCCGGAGGCAAGCAGCCGCCGCCGCCAAGCCAAACGCCCUUCCGCCACCGCCGCAUCCCUCACACACGCCCCUCAGAAAUCCCCAGCCAUCCCCCGCCCGCGCGCCAUGGCCUCCGCCGUCUCGCUCCUCCUCUCGUCCCCGCGCCCGCUCCACCGCGCGGCCCCGUCCCUCCUCAGCCCCCCCGCGCCCCGCGCGCGCCUCCCCCUCCUCGGCCCCUCUUCGGCCGCCGCGCUCCUCCCCCGCCGCCCCCACGGCCUCCUCGCCCCGCCGCCGCGCGCCAACAACGACAACAGCGACGCGGUGGGGGCGCCGGACCGCCUGGUGGCGGCCGUCGCCUACCUCUACCCGUUCCUCGACGGCGCGCACCACGGCCGCUUCCUCGUCGCGCAGUACCCGGUCUUCAACGCCGUGCUCAGCCCGCUCGGCCCCGCCGCGCGCCUCUUCCACUCCUCGCCGCUCACGCCCUUCCUCCUCUUCAUCACCCUCUACUUCGCCGUCGUCCGCAACCAGCAGGCCUUCUCCCGCUUCGUCCGCUUCAACGCCAUGCAGGCCGUCGCGCUCGACGUCCUGCUCAUCGUCCCGGACCUCCUCGCGCAGUCCUUCGCGCCCUCGGGCGGCGGCAUCGGGCUCGACAUCUUCACCAGCCUGGAGAACACCGUCUUCCUCUUCCUGCUCGUCUCCCUCGUCUACGGCGGGGGCGCCUGCCUGCUCGGGAUCACGCCGCGCCUGCCCAUCGUCGCGGACGCGGCCGAGCGCCAGGUGAUGUGAGCUUGCUCCAAUCUUACCCACCACAAAAGGGAAACGGAAUCUGAUACACCCGAACAUCUCCAUGGUUCAUUGAUGUUUUUGGAUCUUAAUUCACAGGUUUAGUAUAGUACAGUCGUUGCUACGCAUUUAGUUGUAAAUUCAAUGGAUGGAAUCAUGAAAGGCUGAUACAAUGGCAUUAUAGAUCACUCCAGUGUAUGACAAAUCAGUUGAAUUGUUA